AUGUCAAGCUCCAGCACAUCCACAACAAGCACGUCCAGUAGCACCAGCAGCACUUCAACUACCAGCACAUCUUCCUCUACGACGUCCACUAGCAGCACAUCCAGUUCAAGCACUUCGAGCACCAGUUCAAGCUCGACCAGCACCACCUCGUCGAGCACGAGCACUACUACCUCAUCUACAUCGAGCACGAGCUCAAGCACGUCCAGCUCGACUUCCUCUAGCACGAGCACGUCGAGCUCCACCACCACAAGCAGCAGCACCUCGACUUCCACGACAUCAACUACCAGCACCAGCACAGCCACGACAACUUCCUCGAGCACCGGCACGUCCAGCAGCAGCACAUCUACCGCUACGAGUGUAAGUACAAGCUCAAGCACCUCGACCAGCAGUACCUCCAGCACCAGCAGCUCCAGCACCACCACAUCCAGUUCCACCACCACGAGCAGCAGCACAUCCAGUUCCUCCACUUCAACCACAAGUUCAAGCACAUCAAGCACGACAUCUUCGAGCACGAGCAAGUCAAGCACCAGCACUUCGACAUCGUCUACCUCACAGACAAGCACGAGCAUUUCUACAACUAGCUCGACGAACACGGGCACGUCGCAGACCACGACCAGUGCCACUUCAACAUCAACCACCCAGUCCAGUACAUCAACAAGCAGCAGCUCGCAAACCACAACAUCCAGUUCGAGCAUAACAACUACGAGUACGUCUACAACCAGCACAUCAGCCACAAUCACUUCUACGAAAAGUACCACGGUGACUAGCACCUCCAGCACUGUUACAUCCAUCACGGUGUCCAGCACGUCCGUCACAGGCACGACUACCAGCAGCACUUCCAGCAGCACAACUUCAACGAGCAGGACGACAGGAACCAGCACCAGCACAUCCAGGACAGCCACUUCCAGCUCUACCACCACAACUUCAAGCUCCAGUGCAACAACAUCAAGCACAUCCAGCUCAACAACAUCAAGCUCGAGCUCGACCUCGUCCACAACAAGCAAAACAAGCAGUAGCACGUCCAGCUCAAGUUCAUCCAGCUCCAGCACAACAGCGACGACCACCUCCACGUCGAGUACAACGGCUUCGACGACGAGCACGUCGAGCAGCAGCACCAGCACCUCCACGACCAGCACGUCGAGCAGCAGCACGUCCACUUCCAGCUCUUCUAGUAGCACGACCAGCUCAUCCAGCACAAGCACAUCAAGCACGAGCACAUCAAGCUCUACGAGUUCCAGUAGCAGCUCGUCCACUUCCAGCACAUCCACAACAAGCACAUCCAGCAGCACCAGCAGCACGUCAACUACGAGCACAUCUAGUUCGACAACAUCCAGCACGACAUCAUCUAGUUCAACCAGUUCCAGCACCAGCACGUCAACCUCCAGCACAUCCACAACAAGCACAUCUAGCAGUACCACCACCACAUCAAGCUCGAGCACAUCCAGUUCGACAACUUCAAGCACCAGCACAUCUAGUUCAACCAGUACGAGCAGCACCACAUCAACCUCCAGCACAUCCACAACAAGUACGUCCAGCAGUACCACCAGCACAUCGAGCACGAGCACAUCCACGUCGACCUCGUCAAGCACGAGCACCUCCAGUUCCAGCACAUCAAGCACGAGUUCGAUCACGUCAUCUACAAGCUCUUCCUCUUCCAGCACAUCCAGCAGUAGUUCGACCACGUCUGUAUCCAGCACAUCCAGCACGAGUACAUCUAGCACCAGUACAAGCACGACGACUCCUGUGCCAUCUUGUCGCAAGUACAUGGCUGGGGUGCCUUUGGUCCCUGGCGCGAACCAGGUGAUGACCUGCCAGGGUGCCCAGGCAAACGAUUGGUGUCUGGCUGAUUCGAACACACACCCAGAAGGCCAUGCUUCCUGCGACGACUCCGCCUCUGCCAGACUCUUUUGUCCGAUUCGAGGGGAAAGCAACUCCAGUGACGAGUCCAUAAGCACAUGCCAAGCAUGUGCCACUGUGGUCGCUCAAGAUUGGGAUGAACAUGGCUACAAGCUUUUUGGUGAAAUUCGCUGGGGUCCUACGGCAGCCUGCCAGGCCAACGAGUCCACCAUCGAGGGCUAUCGAGUCUGGUUUGUCGAUGCGUGUGGUGUGAAACUGAAUCUGGUGGGCAGCGUCGGCACGAGACAACAGGAGUGGCAAUCGGAAAUGAUGGAAUGCUGUCAUCCAUCCUGGUAUUCAUUGGACCUCGGCGAGAUCGCAAUGCCGGCAGCCACGGUGGGCCUCACCAUCCUUCCUUAUCAGGGUGGGACUGAUCUGCCUGGACCAGUUCUGCCCAUUUUUAGACGUGUGUUGACGACCACGACCACGUCCACCAGCUUUACUCUCACCACUACUACAACGGUUUCGAGUUCCACAUCGUCAACGACGAUAUCGUCUUCGACAAUAACGACCACACCAGGUGCAGCCACACUGGAUGGUUGCUGGGGGCUUUCUGUCUCUGAUGCGGCGACAGCAGCUGAUACCCCAGAGUUCCAGGAGGCCUUGCGGCAGGUGUUGGCAAGGGCUGCCGGACCGGAUGUGCUGCCGGAGUAUGUCGUUGAUCUGAAUCUUGCUGCUGGCCUUGGCUGCGAUGGUCGCUUGCUUUCAGGCCGUCGCCUGCAGCAAGCCCUGCGUGUGGACUACCUCAUUGUCUUUCCGACAUCACUUGGUCUUGAAGCAGCCGUUGUACUUGCGGAGACAAGCCAAAAAGGAUUGGAGACGGUCUCGGUAGAGGCAACCUCCGCAUGGCUGAAAGAAGAAGUCGCUCAGGUGGAGGCUUUGCAAAACUUGGAGGUUGCCGUGGCAACCAAGAGUGUCGCUCUAAGCUUGUCAUCCGAAGCACAGCAGUUAAUGCCAGAAAACAAUGCUGAUGGCACGGCUAUUCGGCUCACUGUCGGGUCCGUCGCGAUUCUCUUUCCGGCCUGCCUCCUCGUACUCUCUUGGAGGUGUGGGAAGCGGCUGGUGCGAAAUGCAGCUAUUUCGCAAUCUUCUGACUUCAAACUGGAGGUGGAGGUUUACCCGGAAGUCGACAUCCAGGAUAUCCGACGGUCAAGCCUUAUGGACGACGAAGACUUCCGGUUGUCCGCUGGUGUGGAAGAGACUCCUAAUCAGGAUCUUGAGUGUCCAGCACCGGCAAUAAAACCAAAGCGCAUGGUGCCGAAAGGCCGCGUCGCGAAGAAAGCCUUGGCUGUAGCGGUCCUGGCAGAGGGGGCAGGCGAAAGGAGGCAGAAAGCUAAGCGUCUGGUGCCAAAGCAGAGAAGGGCCAAGAAGCAGCCAGAAGCGAUUGCCGAUGCCACCGAGCCCAGUGAGAUCCAGAUUAGCUUCGAGCCAGCAUCCCAGAGUGGAAUUUCCCGGUUCGACGACGACAACCUGUUGGAGCCGCCCUCUGCCUGGCUGACCGACGAGGAGGAUGAGGAAGAGAUGGCCAUUUCCAGUGCGCUGGAGCAUCCGUCACCCUCGGAGACAGAGGUAAGUACAAGAGUUAAUGUCGAGUCAGCGCCACCGAAGCCUAAGAAGGUGAAAAAGCGUGCUGUGGCCAAAAAAUCGAAGAAAGCUACAGCAUCGGCAGAGGAGGCGCGCUUUGAGGGAUCGGAGGACGAGGUGGUGUCGGCACCAUCUUUGCCUUGGGAGGAGUUUCAGGAUUCCGCCGUUAAUUCCGCCGUUAAUGCUCGUCCUCAAAUGGCCAACAAAGAUGACCCCCAUGAAACAUGGUAA